AUAAAGGCAAUGAUGAUUUCAAACAUCAAGUCAAAUUCAAAAUGGGGCUAUAUUUACUUGCUAGGGUUGGUUGUGAUAAAAAUAUUGCAGAAGGCUGCAAGUUCAUUAUUGAAGCUAAACGUCUUGACCUUCCUAAUGUGAAAAGAUGGACAAAAGAUCAUGG